AUGUCUUUGUCUAACAAAUUGUCUGUUAAGGAUUUGGAGCUCGCCAACAAGAGAGUCUUCAUCAGAGUCGACUUCAACGUCCCUCUUGACGGCACCACCAUCACCAACAACCAAAGAAUCGUUGCUGCUUUGCCUACCAUCAAGUACGUUUUGGAGCAAAAGCCAAAGGCCGUCGUUUUGGCUUCUCACUUAGGCAGACCUAAUGGUGAGAGAGUCGAGAAAUACUCUUUGGCCCCAGUCGCCAAGGAGUUGCAGUCGUUGUUGUCUGACCAAAAGGUCACUUUCUUGAACGACUGUGUCGGCACUGAUGUCGAGAACGCCGUCAAUGGUGCUUCCGCCGGCGAGGUGUUUUUGUUGGAGAAUUUGCGCUACCACAUUGAAGAGGAGGGCUCAAGAAAGGUUGAUGGAAACAAGGAGAAGGCCUCUGCCGAGGACGUCCAGAAGUUCAGACAGGGCUUGACUGCAUUGGCCGACGUGUACGUCAACGAUGCUUUCGGAACCGCCCACAGAGCCCACUCUUCUAUGGUUGGUCUCGACUUGCCUCAAAAGGCUGCCGGGUUUUUGAUGGCUAAGGAAUUGGAGUACUUCGCCAAGGCUUUGGAGAACCCAAUCAGACCUUUCUUGGCCAUCUUGGGUGGCGCCAAGGUGUCUGACAAGAUUCAAUUGAUCGACAAUUUGUUGGACAAGGUCGACAUCUUGAUUGUCGGUGGUGGUAUGUCUUUCACUUUCAAGAAGGUCUUGGAGAACAUGCCAAUUGGCACUUCCCUCUUCGACGAGGCUGGUGCCAAGAAUGUUGAACACUUGGUUGCUAAGGCCAAAAAGAACAACGUGGAGAUCGUCUUGCCUGUUGACUUUGUCACUGCCGACGACUUCAACAAGGACGCCAACACCGGUGUUGCUACCCAAGAGGAGGGUAUCCCUGAUGGCUGGAUGGGUCUCGACGCUGGUCCAAAGUCCAGAAAGCUUUUCGACGAAGCUGUUGCCAAAGCUAAGACUAUUGUUUGGAACGGUCCCCCAGGUGUCUUUGAGUUCGAGAAGUUCUCUCAAGGUACCAAGUCCUUGUUGGACGCUGCCGUCAAGUCUGCUGAGGCUGGCAACACUGUCAUCAUUGGUGGUGGUGACACUGCCACUGUUGCUAAGAAGUUCGGCGUUGUUGAGAAGUUGUCUCACGUCUCGACCGGUGGUGGUGCCUCUUUGGAAUUGUUGGAGGGUAAGGAAUUGCCAGGUGUUGUUGCCAUCUCCGACAAAAACUAG